AAAAUCAAAAAAAAGUGGACCACAUAACCUCAAAUUUGUUGGAGGUAACCGCUAAAGAAUUUAAGUUCUCCAGUUUAUACUAUGAAUAAUUUAUUGAGGGUCACACGUAGGGCUCUUCAAUGCCGUUUCUUGCACCAGACGCCCAAAUCAUUCGGGAACAACCUCUACGAGCCCGAUUAUCUCGAGGCCAUGAAAUCGAAUCUUCCAAUGUACGACACUUUAAAUAUUCAAAUUCGUGGCUACGAUUAUGCCAUAUUGGAAAAUUAUCAAAAGUUUAUUCAUAAAUUAUUGCGAAGUAUGGAUAUAAGUGUGGAGGAAGCUUGGGCAACCCCCCAUCAAGACAUUCAAGUCACGACCUAUAAACCGAAGAGUGAAAUUAUCAACACACAGUACAAUUUGAAGCACUAUGAUCGGACAGUACAAAUUACUGAUGUUUUAUCAACUCAGUUGCCUGUUAUUUUACGUGCACUGGAGGCUAGUACCCCAUCGGGGAUCACCGUCCACGUGCGGCCUCAUGAAGAGUGGGACGAGGAGAUUAGAUACGUGCCUGACACGGAGUUGAAACAAUUGAAACAGGAACUGGACGACUUAGGGGGGCCUUUGAAGAAGAAAUAAAAAUGUUAAUUCAUAAAUAGUCUAAUAAAAAUGAUUAAUUAACUCG